AUGUGGAAGAAGGCAGGUAAACAGGUGAAAACAACACAGGAUAUCGGAGAUAACAUCGAUAUGUGUGACUAUCAGGAACUGUUGGAGAAGUCUUGGAUUCUCUAUCAUGUAAUGGAUCGUUUUAUAGGAGGCCGGGAGCUAGUAGCCUUAAAAAGAAAGCUGGUGAUAUCAUCUGAAUAUUACGACAAUCUGGAUUCAAUUACGCCGCGGUUUCAUACAGGAAGUCGGGCUGAAGGGAUAGACAUGGCGGGUUCAGACAAAGACAUGAUGAUUGUGGAUAUUGAUACCGUGGUUUCCAGUCCACAGCAAGUUUCAAACAAUCCUCCGGACAUCCGAAAUAAAACAAUGACAAUUAUGACAGAAUCCGACAGCAAUCCUGCUGACAGCCGACCUGGUUAUGUGAAUUUGCAAGUAGCUCAUUUGGGACAAAGAGUCGAUGGUUAUAUGUUCAACGCCAUUGUUCCAGUGGAGGAUGCACAAUUUUUAUCAAGUGAAAUGUACAAUCAUUUGAAAAACGAUAUAAUAAGUAAAGAGCAGUUUAUCACACAUAUUAAUGGCCCAGCUAUUACAAUGACAGGUCAAGACAAUAAUACCGAUUGUGAUAGCGAUACUGUCUAUUCUCUUCCAUGUUACAACUGGCCAAACACAGCGGAUGAGUGGGUAAAUAGGCCUCGAUUGCACGGAUGGCCGAAUAAAAGGUUAAAGGAUCAAAUAGUACGAGGUGGCUGUCAUCUUGUCCCUGUAGGAGAUAAAACGUCUGGUGACUCAUUCUUACCAUGGAGGAUUUCAUUUGUUUCUGCGGAAAGGAAACUGAUUUGUUCUCUCACAUAUGUCCAAUUUUUAACAUACGGACUCCUAAAGUACUUUCUCAAACAGAUAUCUGGAAUGUUGAAGCAGCUACUUGGUGAACCUGAAAUCCUGUCAUCCUACAUUAUGAAAACUGUUGUAUUUCAUGCAGUGGAAAUCACACCCGAUUUCUUUUGGCAGGAGAAACAUAUUUUCCUAUGUUUCAUGUUCUGUAUAAACGUAUUGAUAUCCUGGGUGAGGGCAGGAUACUGUCCUAAUUACUUCAUUAACAGAAACAACAUGUUCUUUGGUAAAGUUUAUGGUGAAAAUCAACAGAAACUUCUUCGUUUCCUCAUAGAUUUUCAUGAUUUGAAAUGGGGAUGUCUUUCAGUCGGUACAUAUAUACAGCCAUCUGUAGGAGAGCGUGUCAACAGAGUACAGAAUGGAGCAUGGGAUGUGGUGCUGCCUCCAGCAACACAGCUAGAAAAGGAAUGCGAUAUGGAGAUAUUCAGAAACGCUUUAUGUUUUCGGAAUUCGCAUGCCGUUCUUCCUGCGUCAUUGACACUCCUGUCUAAAUCAAGAUCAGACGAGGAUGAAUUCAUUCAUUAUGCUUCUGUGGUACGAGCGUUGAGUUACUUAGGUAUGGGUCAAUUUAAGGGACACACAGCAGUGAGCGGAAACAAAACAAGAUACCAAAUUCUGAAAAAGUGCAAGAAAUUUCUGACUCCGCUUGCCUCAUUGUGUGACAGUCCGGGAUUAUUGAUGCUGGCAACAUACAACUACCAAACAGGGAAUUACACUAAAACCCUACAACAAUGUCUAGACCUGAUUUCGUCGUUCAAAGUUUUUUUUGGUCAAGGAAAAAUACGUUUGGAUGACAGAUACGAAAAUCUUUAUUGUGGACAUGGGUACUCUCUGCAAAAGAAAUGUAAGGAAAUGUUUGUAUCAGGAGUCAAGAUUACAGAGAACGCAUCACAAUUUUUCCCAACCCAAUUACAACUAGAGGUCGAAGAGGGUGCUGGGCGUCUUUUCGUUCCACCGCUUCCCUAUGCUGCAUUCCUGUCGUUUUUGUGUUUCCACGAACUUUAUGACACCAGUGGAUGCGAUGCCACACUGUGCUAUCUGAAUGACUUGAAGUACGACGAGAACCAGGGAGUCGGUCUAUACUGGGUAGUCCACAACCUGUUAGGGAUCUGUUAUGAAAUGGUUGGGGAUAUACCCCGGGCUCUCGGCGAAUACAGAGAUUCUCUUGGAGUAGCCAUAUACAGUCAAAAGAUCAAUCCUGCCAAGAAGAGAAUGGAGCGCUUGGAGAAGAGAUAA